AGAGUGACGACUCAUCGUACACCUAUCUGAACCUUACUCCGUUUGAAACGUCAAACCAUCGCAAAAUUUCUAGUGUUUCACUCCGCAGUUUUUUCGUUACGUCAUCAAUAUUGUUAGAGAUUAUAAAGAAACGAAAUAUACGAAUAUUCUCAUAUAAUGAAGUGGUUUGCGGGAAGUAUUAACGAGGCGGUUGCGACGUCAAAAUCGAGGAAGGCAGUUUUCGUUGUAUUCGUAGAAGGCAAAGAUGACACAUCAGUGCAACUUGCUCAAGCAAUUGAUGCUACAGAAGUCUCGUCCCGCCUAGAAGGAGAGCAUUUUAUAGCUAUAAGAUUAGAGAGUGGAUCCGAAGCUUAUAGAUUCUUUGCGCAAAUUUAUCAAUUAGUACCAGUUCCAUCCUUAUUUUUUAUUGGAGAAAAUGGUACACCACUGGAAAUUAUUGCUGGUAGCGCAACUGCAUCUGAAUUAGCAUACAAAAUUGAUAAUGUACUUACAAAGGCAGGGAAGAGUAAUAAACAAUCUUCAAUAAACUUGAUUGACGCAGAACAAAAAGCUACAGCUGCCAGUAGCAGCAGUAAUAACAAUGUUAUUGAGACUACAUCUAAUAUAAAUGAUAAUAAUUCUAAUUCAAAUGCAGAUUUAACUUCUGGUACAACAGAGUCUGUUACACCAGUAGAUAGUUCACAUAACGAAAACUAUGUCACGGAAGAUACAGCAAAAUCUGCAACUUCAUUAAACACAGGGAAUCAAGACAAUAAUGAAGCGUCAGCAAAAAUAAAUGUUGAAACUAAACAAGAUAAUCAAAAUCAAGAAUUGACAGCUGAGGAAAAGAUUGAAAGAGCACGACAGUUAAUUGAGCUCCAACGAAAACAACGACUAGACGAGGAGCAGAAAAAGGAACGAGAACGUGAAAUUGAACGACGUAAGAUGGGACGUGAUGUGCAAAAAAUGCGGCAAAUGCAGCAAGAGUUAGAAAUAAAGCAAGCUCAUGAAGAAAGGAUGCGAGAGAAGGCUGCAGAGACUGCAGCUCGUGAAAAAGUCAGGCAACAAAUCGCUCAAGAUAAACUAGAACGAAAACAAAAGGAACUUGCUUUACAGCAACAAAUACAACCACAGAAUCAAGAACAACCCAAAUAUAAUCCAACACUUAGUAACGCUACAGUGACCAGAAUUCAAUUUAGAUUACCAUCCGGCAAUUCUCAUACAGGACAAUUUGAACCAUCCGAUACUUUGCGCACCUUACGCACCUACGUUACCGAAAAUAUUAAUCUACCCUUCCGACAGUUCGCCAUGUCGACAUCAUUUCCUAGAAGAGAAUUGACUAAUGAGGAAAACGACAAAACUUUGUUGGAAUUAGAAUUGGUUCCGACCGCCGUUAUUUUAAUUCUUCCUUUGAAAAAUUCUAAUGUCACGGCAGUGGUAACUUCAACUCAAGAUGUUGGAUUCUUCUCACGCUUCAUAUGGUCCUUUUUCACACCCGUUAUUCGUAUUUACAAUUAUAUAGUAGGUUACUUUUCCGGCACUAAUGGAGACGCGAAUCAAAGUGGCGAUUCCAACAAUGAUUCCGUAGAAACGACAAACAACCCCGACAGAGCUAUUUCACCAAAUCGGCGAAAUGUAGUUCAAUCUUCGGGUUUGUUUAGAAGAUACUUGGGUAAUCAAGGAGGGACAACAAUCAGAGCACAAGGGAAUAUACACAGACUACAUUCAGGUGGGGAUGAUAAUGAUGAGAAUAAUACUUGGAAUGGUAACUCUACGCAGCAAAUGUAAAGGAACACAAAUCUCGCUCCAGCAAGGAAUAGCGUUGCAAUCGCUAUUCAAUCAGUUACUAUUCUCGUUAUAUAAAUCAUUAUGUUGUAAUUAAUAUUCAACACUUCUCACUUUUUGUUGUAUAACUCCAAAAUUUAUCUGCAACAUAUUCUUUAUUAAUGCACAAGCAUUAAGUUGUAACGAGUGAGUUCUAUCAUGGUAACACAUGUCAGUAGCAUUGCAAGAAUGAAUAUUUAUUAAUUAAUAUUUCACAAUUAACAAUAAUGUGAACAUUAUCUGGAUUCUUAUCGUAAUAUAACGUUUAUUAUAAUGCUAAAAUGUAACAUCAAUGCAUUAUAAUAAAUGAUAGUACAUUUUAUGAGAGAAAAGAUCGUGGAAGUAUUGAGCCACAAGUGAUACAUGGACCAAAUGCGAAAAGGUUCGUAAAUACUAACGUGCAAAUCACAAAAGUUUUGGAAAUGUCUUGAUUUUAGAUAUUUUAAAUUUUAAUAUCAGUUAUUUUU